AUGACGUUCGUGGUUCCCCAUAGCACAGACCACAGCGACGACGCAGCGGUCCUCAAUGCUGCAUUGGCUAACUACACGGCAAAUACGACGAUCCUGUUCAAAAAGGGCAUCACAUAUAACAUAUUUACUCCCGUAACGUUCCCGGUCUUGAAUAACGUCGAGGUGAGCAUCCAGGGGAAUUUAACGUACCCUAAUAAUAUCGCAACUAUCCAAGGAGGUAACAAUGUUACAUUGAAAGGCUCUACAGACCCCAACUGGGGUUGGGUAGAUGGACAUGGGCAAGCAUGGUGGGAUGCUAUGCAACAGACGAACAGACCUCACGGAUGGGCCUUCAGCAAGAUAAAAAAUGGCACUAUCAGAGAUAUGAAACUAUGGAAGCCCAUCGCGUGGAAUUUUGCUACGAGCGGCUCCUCUAACAUACACGCUUUCAACAACAAGAUCGUCGCCAAGUCGGACACUGAUUCGUUCCCUUUCAACACCGAUGGUUUCUCUGCCGGAGGAUCCGACCUUCUGUUCGAGAAUAAUGACAUAGUCAACGGCGACGACUGCCUGACAGUAGGCAAUGGUGCUAAGGACAUCAUUUUCCGAAACUCGUACUGUGAGGGCGGCCAUGGUCUCUCGAUUGGGUCCCUAGGCAAGGGCGGCCAAGUCGCAGACGUUCAAAAUGUCUUGAUCGAGAAUGUCUUCAUGAAAAACACACUGUAUGCUGCUCGUUUCAAGAGCUGGACUGGUGGCAAUGGUCUAGCACGCAACAUUACGUGGAAAAACAUUGUAUUCGACAAUGUGCCUUUCCCUGUGAGUGCUAUUCGCCUUGCAUUCCUUGGACCAGCUCCCAAUGUCACUGGCACGAACAACACACAUAUUCAAGACUUUUUGUUCGACAACUUCGUCGGCAGUAUCUUAGAGUAA